UGCAAGCUGCACUCUGGUGAGAGCGAGCACAGCAGACUGCAAGCGGGAACCCAAGCGCGCGGCUGCGGCGGCUGCUCCGGCCCCGGGCUCCGGCCCUAGCUCGGGUUCAGGCUCCCGCUUGGCUUGGGCCGGGUCCCAGUUGCUCAACCCACGCGGCUGCGGCCCCGCCCGGCGCCCGCCCCUGAGCGCGCCGCGCCCUCGCUCGCUCGCUCCUCCCGAGCGCCUUGCCCGCCCGCCCGCGGCGCUGCGCUCCGGGCGCCGCUCCGUCCGCCUUCGUCGGCGGCCGCGGGGCGCGGGGCCCACGCGCGACCGCGGGAAGCAGCGCAGGCGCCCCGUAGGCGACAGUCCGAGCCACGAGUCCCUUUGCAUCCUACGCCCGCACCCGGCUGGAGCCGCUUGGGGACUAUGGUUUUGGACCAAGAGGACGGUGUGCCGAUGCUCUCCGUCCAACCUAAGGGGAAGCAGAAGGGCUGUGCAGGUUGCAACCGCAAGAUCAAGGACCGGUACCUGCUGAAGGCACUGGACAAGUACUGGCAUGAGGACUGCCUCAAGUGUGCCUGCUGUGACUGUCGCCUUGGCGAGGUGGGCUCCACUCUCUACACCAAGGCCAACCUCAUCCUGUGCCGGCGUGACUACCUGAGGCUUUUUGGCACCACGGGAAACUGUGCUGCCUGCAGCAAGCUGAUCCCAGCUUUCGAGAUGGUGAUGCGGGCCCGAGACAAUGUGUAUCACCUUGACUGCUUCGCCUGCCAGCUUUGCAAUCAGAGAUUUUGCGUGGGAGACAAAUUCUUCCUGAAGAACAACAUGAUCUUGUGCCAGGUGGACUAUGAGGAGGGGCAUCUCAAUGGCACCUUUGAAUCCCAGGUUCAGUAACGCCCACCAUCUGGUCUCCAGGUCCAUCUGUCCGUCUGCCCACCUGCCCACCUGCCUGGCAGGCCGGCCAGCCACUCUGCCUGCGCGGGCUGGCCAGCUGCUGUCCUACAAGUUAGAACUGCAUCCUCGACGGGAAGGUGGCUGUUCUCCACCACCACCGCCCGUCUCUGUGGGACCCCUCCUGGGGCCAGGCUCGGCCUGUACAGUCUGUCUUCUGUAUAUAAAUGGGAACAUUUAUUUUAUGAGAAAUGUAAUGCGAUUUUAUUACUGGCGUGGAUUAAACUUAUGAAUGUUUCCGGGGACAUGACUGCAUUGUUCACAUUACU